UCAUCUCUGUCAGAGGCAGUCCCCCGUGGAAUGGAUAAGAUGAAGCAAUGCUAGAUCAGCCUAUGCCAACAGAGCAAGUAAUUCUUGAAAACAGACCCUGAAGUUACUGACAACAAAUAUCUGUAACGGGAUAUCUAAGAACUGUACUGCUGUGGAAAGUAGAACAGCUCAUGACUGAGCCCAUUGGAUUUUUUUAUGUGUAUUUGUGGGGUAUUAAAGUACUCUGAGAGCACCAAGGGAUCGCUUUGUAGCAGUGUAAUUUAGAAGGUGAAGGAAUGAAUGAUGGUCUACAUUUUGGUGGGACUUGGGCACUGCCCCUUUAUGCUGUUUGGAGAAACCACUACCUCUGUGUGCAUAAAUAAUAAAUUAACUUCCUGUGUCUGACUGAUGCAAUUAAAUCCCAUUUGUGCUGUAGAGGUGAAAAACUCACUUUGUGGACUAAUAUAAUUCCCGUUCUGUUGAAGUGGUAAAUAUCUGGCCUUUUUGGUAAGAUAUUUUGUAUACACUUUUUAAAGGACUUUGCCCUCCUGCCAAAAGUUGUUGAUCUAAAUAAACCUUACACUACGCUUGUCCUUACAGUAUUCUUUGCUCUAACAUUUAGAAGUAGCCUUUAAGCUACCAGAAGCAACGGACAUUUUUUCUUGGGCUGGGGGACUACUGUGUUUAUGUGCAAGCCAGAGAAAAGCUCUGAAAGAGGGCAAUGAUGGCUUGUUAUGAAAUACUAUUGUUGCCAAAGAGAAAGCAUCACUGUAGGGGUGGGAUGUGGGAGGACCUAUAUUAAAGAGAGGAAAUAAGAAAAGGACAGCUCUCUGUUUCCACAUAAAGCAAGAGAGAACUGGGUACUUGCUUUGCCUGAAAGACAGGAGGUUCCUGAGUGCUAAACAUGAACAACUGAAAGAAAACUGAAUGAAGCUCCACCUUUCAGGGACCCUGCCAUCAAUGUUUUGUUCUCACGCCAACUUCUUGGACUAUAAAAAUCUGCCUAUAAGCCAGGAAUAAACACUUCCGUGGAAGAAUUCUCAAGUUAAUGGUUCAUGGCAAGAUGGAAAUAAAAAAGGGGAGGUCAUUUUGGAUCUUCUGCCUAAUUUGGAGUUUUUGCAAGGGCAAAGAACCAUUUCAGAUAGUCCAGGUCUCUACUGUCAGUAGGAGUGAAUGUGCCACCUGGGGCAAUUUCCAUUUUCAUACAUUUGACCAUGUUAAGUUCACUUUCCCUGGAACCUGCACAUAUGUCUUCGCUUCACACUGCAAUGACAGCUACCAGGACUUUAACAUCCAAAUCAGGCGCAGUGAUAAGAAUAGCUUCCUGAUCUACUUCACUGUCACCAUUGAUGGAGUAAUCUUGGAGGUGAAGGAGACGGGCAUCACAGUGAAUGGGAACAGGAUUCCCAUGCCCUUCAGCUUGAAGAGUAUCUUGAUUGAGGACACGUGUGCUUACUUCCAAGUCACUUCCAAGCUGGGCCUGACACUCAAGUGGAACUGGGCUGACACUCUUCUACUGGACCUGGAAGAAACAUACAAAGAGAAAAUAUGUGGUCUAUGUGGGAACUAUGAUGGCAAUGAGAAGAAUGAUUUUAUUUUGGAUGGGUAUAAAAUGCAUCCAAGGCAGUUUGGGAACUUCCACAAAGUAGAGGAUCCAUCAGAAAAGUGUGCUGAUGUGAGUCCAGAUGACCACUCUGGAAGACAUCCUAGGAGGGAAGAUGAUGGAUGCGGCAAAUAUAAAAAAAGUUGCAAGAAACUUAUGUCCCGUUUUGGAAACUGCCCCAAAGUGGUUGCAUUUGAUGAUUAUGUAGAGACUUGCAGUGAGGAUAUGUGCCGCUGUGCAGUUAAUUCUUCUCACUCGGAUUUGGUUUCAAGCUGCAUUUGCAGCACUUUAAACCAGUACUCUCGAGACUGUGUCCUCAGGAAAGGAGACCCUGGGGAAUGGAGAACCAAAGAACUUUGCUAUCUGGAAUGCCCAAAUAACAGGGAGUACAUGGAGUGUGGAAACCCCUGUGCUGACACAUGUGCUGAUCCAGAAAGGAGCAAGAUUUGUAAAGCUCCAUGUACAGAUGGCUGUUUCUGUCCUCCUGGAACUAUCCUUGAUGACAUCGGUGGCAAAAAAUGCAUCCCCAGAGACAGCUGCCCCUGUAUGUUUCAAGGCAAAGUCUACUCAUCUGGAGGGACUUACUCCACUCCCUGCCAAAACUGUACUUGUAAAGGAGGCCACUGGAGCUGUAUUGCUCUGCCCUGUUCUGGAAGCUGCAAUAUAGAUGGAGGAUUCCAUAUAACAACAUUUGAUAAUAAGAGAUUCAAUUUUCAUGGCAACUGCCAUUAUGUCUUAGCUAAGAAUACUGAUGAUACAUUUGUGGUGAUUGGAGAGAUCAUCCAGUGUGGGACAUCAAAGACAAUGACUUGCUUAAAGAAUGUAUUAGUCACAAUAGGAAGAAUUACCAUAAAAAUAUGUUCCUGUGGAAAUAUCUACAUGAACAAUUUCAUUGUGAAGCUGCCAGUAAGCAAAGAUGGCAUCACUAUCUUCAGACCCUCUACAUUUUUCAUCAAAAUCUUGAGCUCAACUGGAGUACAGAUUCGAGUGCAAAUGAAACCUGUGAUGCAGUUAUCCAUAACAGUCGAUCAUUCUUAUCAGAAUCGCACAUCUGGUCUUUGUGGCAAUUUCAAUAACAUCCAGACUGAUGACUUCAGAACAGUCACUGGAGCAGUGGAAGAUUCAGCUUCUGCUUUUGGUAACUCAUGGAAAACCAGAGCCAGCUGUUUUGAUGUUGAGGACAGCUUUGAAGAUCCUUGUUCAAACAGCAUUGAUAAAGAAAAGUUUGCUCAGCAUUGGUGUGCUCUUCUGUCUAAUACAAGCAGUGUGUUUGCUGCCUGCCAUUCUGUUGUGGACCCUUCUGUGUACAUCAAGAAAUGUAUGUAUGACACCUGUAAUGCUGAGAACAGUGAAGUUGCACUGUGUAGUGCGCUCUCUACUUACUCCAGAGACUGUGCUACAGCAGGCGUGUCCCUGAAGGGCUGGAGGCAGGGCAUCUGUGAUCCCUCUGAGGAGUGUCCUGAGACUAUGGUUUAUAACUAUAGUGUGAAGUACUGCAACCACUCUUGUCGCUCGCUGGAUGAACCUGAUCCACUCUGUAAAGUUCACAUUGCUCCUAUGGAGGGCUGUGGUUGCCCUGAAGGGACCUAUCUCAAUGAUGAGGAGCAAUGUGUAACUCCUGAUGACUGUCCCUGCUACUACAAAGGCAAGAUUGUUCAACCUGGCAACUCCUUCCAAGAGGACAAACUGAUGUGCAAAUGCAUUCAAGGAAGAUUAGACUGCAUUGGAGAAACUGUCCUGGUAAAAGAUUGCCCAUCUCCUAUGUACUACUUCAACUGCAGCUCUGCAGGUCCCGGUGCGAUUGGGUCAGAGUGUCAGAAAAGUUGUAAGACACAGGACAUGCACUGCUAUGUCACUGAAUGUGUUUCUGGCUGUAUGUGUCCCAAUGGGCUAGUAUUGGAUGGCAGUGGAGGAUGUAUUCCCAAAGAUCAAUGCCCAUGUGUACAUGGAGGUCACUUUUAUAAACCUGGAGAAACUAUCAAAGUGGACUGCAACACAUGCACCUGUAACAAAAGGCAGUGGGACUGCACAGACAAUCCCUGUAAGGGAACCUGCUCUGUCUAUGGAAAUGGCCAUUACAUGACAUUUGAUGGGGAGAAGUUUGAUUUCCUGGGAGACUGUGACUAUAUCCUAGCUCAGGAUUUUUGUCCCAAUAACAUGGAUGCUGGCACCUUCCGAAUUGUAAUUCAGAACAAUGCCUGUGGGAAGUCACUCUCCAUCUGCUCCCUAAAGAUCACUCUGAUUUUUGAGAGCAGUGAAAUCAGGCUCUUGGAAGGAAGAAUUCAGGAGAUUGCCACUGAUCCAGGAGCUGAGAAGAAUUACAAAGUGGAUCUCAGAGGAGGUUAUAUUGUGAUUGAAACAACUCAAGGGAUGAACUUCAUGUGGGACCAGAAAACUACUGUUGUUGUUCAUGUGGCACCAUCUUUCCAGGGAAAAGUCUGUGGCCUUUGUGGGGACUUUGAUGGCCGCUCAAGGAAUGACUUCACAACCAGAGGGCAGUCCGUUGAGAUGAGCAUCCAGGAGUUUGGAAACAGCUGGAAAAUAACAAGCACCUGCUCAAAUAUAAAUGUGACGGACCUGUGUGCUGGUCAGCCUUUUAAGUCUGUCCUGGGACAGAAGCACUGUAGCAUCAUUAAAAGUAAUGUCUUUGAAGCCUGCCACAGUAAGGUGAAUCCAAUACCCUAUUAUGAAUCUUGUGUUUCUGACUUCUGUGGCUGUGACAGUGUGGGAGACUGUGAGUGCUUUUGUACUUCAGUUGCUGCUUAUUCAAGAAGCUGUAGCAGCGCUGGUGUCUGUAUUGACUGGAGAACGCCUGUCAUUUGCCCUGUGUUCUGUGAUUAUUACAAUCCACCUGACAAGCAUGAGUGGUUUUAUAAACCCUGUGGAGCCCCUUGCCUAAAGACCUGCAGGAACCCACAAGGGAAAUGUGGGAACUUGUUGUACAGUUUAGAAGGCUGUUACCCGGAGUGUAGUCCUGACAAGCCGUAUUUUGAUGAGGAGAGCAGGGAAUGCGUCUCCCUCCUCAAUUGCACUUCAUGUGAUCCUGAAGAGAAACUAUGCAUUGAAGACUCCAAAGAUUGCCUUUGCUGCUACAAUGGAAAGACCUAUACCUUAAAUGAAACUGUACACAGCCAAGAAUACGGGUCUGAGUGUGGUGAUCCUGUCUGCGGCCCCAAUGGAGAGAUCAUUAAAUCACUCAUCCCCUGCAGAACACCAUCCACACCAGCACAAGAUUCUUUCCAACAAGGCACUAAAAGGGAAAAUGGAGCACCACUGGAAAUCUCCUCUCCAAAGUCAGAACCACAUAUACAACUUGUAACAUCUGCACCUUUGUCAUCAAUGGUAGCCGCUCCCUGCUUCUGCAAUGAAAAUGGACAGUUGAUACAAAUGGGAGAAAAUGUUUCUCUGCCAGUGAAUAUAUCGGGUCAUUGUGCUUAUGCCAUUUGCAAUGCCUCCUGUCAAAUCGAAUUAAUCUGGGCAGAGUGUAGAACUGGUCAUACUGCAACCCUCAAGGUCUGUGAUCCAGACUCUGAAGUCUGCCCACUAACAUCUGCUCCCAGUGCAACAAGCCGAGUUCCUGCUUCCACAAGGCCUCCUGUGAGCGAUUGUCUUGGGCUCAUUCCUCCCAGAAAGUUUAAUGAAACAUGGAACUUUGGAAACUGCCAGAUUGCUACUUGCCUGGGUGAAGGAAACAAAAUCAAACUGUCCAGCGUGACUUGCCCUCCUCAGCAACUGAAACUCUGUGUGAAUGGUUUCCCAUUCACAAAACACCAUGAUGAAACUGGUUGCUGUGAAGUCUUUGAGUGUCAGUGUAUUUGCAGUGGAUGGGGAAAUGAACAUUAUGUGACUUUUGAUGGAACAUACUAUAAUUUUAAAGAAAACUGCACCUAUGUCCUUGUGAAGUCAAUUCAUCCGGAUUCUCACAGCUUCUGGAUUCACAUAGACAACUACUACUGUAGUGCCAUUGAUGGAGCAAUUUGUUCAAUGUCCCUUCUCAUUUUUCACUCCAACUCUGUUGUUAUUUUGACACAAGCAAUGGAAAGUGGAAAAGAAACAAACUUGAUUUUAUUUAAUGAUAAGAAAGUUGUUCCAGACAUUUCCAAGAAUGGUAUCAGGAUAACCAGUUCUGGCCUUUACAUCAUAGUUGAAAUACCUGAAUUAGAAGUUUAUGUCUCCUACAGUCGACUUGCGUUUUACAUAAAACUCCCUUUUGGAAAGUUUUAUAACAACACCAUGGGACUGUGUGGUACCUGCACCAACCAGAAGUCUGAUGAUGCUAUGAAAAGGAAUGGUGAGAUUAUCCAGUCUUUUGAAAAGAUGGCAUUAGAUUGGGAAGUCCCAGAUCCUACAAACAGAUACUGUAAAACAAGUGUCUCAGAACCAGUUGAGACUCAAUAUCAUCAGCACUGUGAGCCUACCAAUCUGUGUAAAAUCAUCUGGAACCUGACCGAGUGCCACAGCGUGGUUCCCCCGCAGCCCUACUAUGAGGCAUGUGUGGCCAGCGGAUGCUCAGAACAACAUCCCAGCACUGAGUGCCAGAGCAUGCAGACGUAUGCAGCCUUGUGUGGCCUCCACGGUGUCUGUGUGGACUGGAGGAGGCAGACAAAUGGGCAGUGUGAGGCCAGAUGUGCUCAGGAUCAGGUAUACAAGCCGUGUGGGGAAGGAAAAAGAAACGUUUGCUUCCGCAGAGAAAUUGCUAUGCACACCCACCCCUCCGAAAAUAACACACCAGUGUUCAUUGAGGGAUGCUACUGUCCUGAAGGAAAAAUUCUGCUAAAUGAUCACGACAACGUUUGUGUUUCUGUCUGCGGUUGCACUGCACAAGAUGGGUCAGUGAAACAGCCUAGAGAGGCUUGGGAGCAUGAUUGUCAAUAUUGCGCUUGUGAUGAAGCAACCUUGAACAUCUCUUGCCUUCCUCGCCCUUGUGCUAAAUCUCCACCUGUCAACUGCACGAAAGAGGGCUUUGUACACAAAAUAAAACCACGUCUGGAUGACCCAUGCUGCACAGAGACAGUCUGUGAAUGUGAUAUAAAAGCAUGCAUUAUCAACAAAACAGCAUGUGACUUAGGCUUCCAACCAGUGGUUGCUAUAUCUGAGGAUGGUUGUUGUCCUGUCUUCUCCUGUAUACCGAAAGGUGUAUGUGUUUCUGAAGGAGUUGAAUUUAAGCCUGGGGCUAUGGUGCCUAAAAGCUCCUGCGAGGACUGUGUGUGCACAGAUGAGCAGGAUGUUGUGACACAGAUCAAUCUCAUCCAAUGUGUUCCAGUGAAAUGUCAAACUACCUGCCAGCAGGGUUUCCGCUAUGUGGAAGAGCAGGGUCAAUGCUGCAGCCAGUGCCAGCAAGUGGCAUGUGUGGCAAAUUUUCCAUUUGGCAAUGUGACCAUUGAGGUUGGAAAGAGUUAUAAAGCUCCAUAUGACAACUGUACUGAGUAUACAUGCACUGAAUCAGCGGGCCAGUUUUCCUUAGCUAGUAGAGUAAAGGUGUGCCUACCAUUUGAAGAAUCAGACUGUGUCCCUGGGACAGUUGAUAUGACUUCAGAUGGCUGUUGCAAGACAUGUAUUGAUCUGCCACAUAAAUGCAGACGGAAUGUAAAAGAGCAGUAUAUUGUUCAUGACAACUGUAAGUCAGCUGCUCCAGUCCCAGUGCCCUUUUGUGAAGGGACAUGCAGUACCUAUUCUGUGUAUUCCUUUGAGGCCAAUCAAAUGGAACACAAAUGCAUUUGCUGCCAUGAAAAAAGGAGUCACAAAGUGAAGGUGGAGCUGGUUUGCUCUGAGCAUAAGAGAGUCCAAUUCACGUAUGUGCAUGUAGAUGAAUGUGGAUGUGUGGAAGCAAAAUGCCCAAAGAAGAGAACAUAAGCAUAAACUAAAGGAAACCCUUCAGCUCCCAUUUAAUGCUUCCCUAGCAAGUGACUAGUUUAGAGAGCAGCUGUGAGUAACCUUCAAAUGACCAUACUUCUCUCUUGUUCUUUUUCCUUCUGGUAUUAUAUGCAGUUAUGGAAAUAAAUUAAUGAUUUUACUAUAAAUGUUUGUUGAAUAAACUGCAUUUCAAAAAGGACUUGUUCACCCGUCUCAGUAACACUGCUAGCAGGACAAGGUGGCUAAUGUUUUUGAUGCCCUUGUGGUGUAUAAAUACAGGUUAUUACAAGACACUCUGGAGAGAGCUGAUGCCUUUCAGAAGUCCUGUCUGAAGAAAGUGCACAUUGUAAAACCAUUACCACUUAUAUCAAUUCAUUUCCCUUAGAAAGGAAACAACAAUUGCUUCCAUAGCUGUGGUUCAGUCAGAGUGGCAGGACUCAGGGGCACAUUUGCAUUCUUCUCCACAGUGGUCUUGAACCUACUUUGGCUGUGACCCCUGGGUCACUGGAAGAGAGCCGGGUGCUUUUUUCCCUUCUGCACAGUAAACACUGUAUCAGGAGUGUAAAAACAUUAUUUACAUAUACAUAACAAAAUUACUGUAUUUGCACCCUUAUAGUCAGUCUUUAUCUCCUGGGUUUUUUUAUUAUUUGGAGAGAUUGAUGUUUAGUCUCACUACUAGUUACAUGAGUACAAUUUGUGUUAUAAACAAUUGACUUGCAGCUACCAUGUCCAGUGGUACUGGUAACACGGAUCACAAUGAUCCAACAAUACCUUCAGAGUAUGCAAGGAAGGCAGGUGCUUCUGGUACUUGAGCACUUUGUGCUUUUGUGACCUGAAAGAGAAUGGAAGACUGUGACUUUAUCAGAUUGCAGUGUCCUGUAGCCUGCUCUAUGGGGGCUUGAGGAAUUGUUUUGAAGGGAAUGCUUUUGAGCUGACCAAGUAGAUAUGAAGUGCAUUAUCCUUUAGCUUUCCAUUUUAAAAUGCUGCAGCUAUCGAAUCCCAAGUAAUGCUUACUUUAAUUUUUUAUAAUAAUAAAUCAUUUCAGCUGAUGUCACAUACUUUCAUGUGUGCUGUUGCAUUAUGGUGUUAAUGAUUGUAAAAUUGUGUGAAUCCUUGACUUCAAAUGAGCAUAGGAGUUCAAUGGUACAUAUUUUUGUCUGCUCUCAUCUAAGAGUCCCAUGCUUAUUGGCUUAUCACUAUCGUGAUGCAAUAGGACAGUCCAUGUUACAUCUCUACAGGAUUCAGCUCAGAUUGUUUUAACCAACCCUUUCUCCAGCCCGUUUCUGGAAUGAUUUGUCUCAGCCUAAGAUUGGUGUAAGAAACUUUGGGAAGUCAUCAGUUUCUCAGCACUGAGUAUUUUGAGAGCCAGGGUAGCCAACUUGGAGAGCUAAAAUCAGAGAAGGUGAAUUUCAUGCUUUGUUUUUAUUCUCUUUCCUUAUAAAGAAUAGAAGACAUCCUGGGUAUACCUAACAAACACAGUAAACAUAGGCUCACUGCAGAUAUCUUUGGGAAACAUGGACUGAAAAAUCCAAAAAAGGUGUUUAUAUUGAAGUAAUGAAUCAUGGAGUCAUAAAAUAUCUCAAGUUGGAAGGUAUCCAUAAGGAACUAAACUUAAUUCUCCCAUACCCAGCCUCUGCACUUGUCAGUGGACCAGUUUGAUUGGUUAUAAAUGAUAGGAAUCUCCAAAUAAUUUGGUUAACUGUCAGUGCAAUGCAACUCCCUCGGAAAGUGUGUGUUGCAACUGCUUGACAAUGAGGCUCAUAUAAAAAUUCACAUUAGCCCAGAAAGCAUUCUUCCUGAUACAAAUCAAGUGAAUGCUUUUACUAUGCAGAGAACAGCAGCAAAAAAGGACAUUCCUUUCUUGCCUCCUUGCCUUUCCCUGAGGGGAAUGGAAUAAUUCUUGAGUGCUUUUGUCAUCAGAAGAGUAAACAAACUCUGUAAGUAGUCAGAUACCCACUUGUGUCAACCCCGCAAAUCAUUUUCAGCAGGAUGGCUUAGUGAGGCCGUUCCCAUCUCUGCAUUAUCGUCACAUGGGGGAAUGGCAUAAAGCACAAUUCAAUCUUACCAUGUGUACUUAGAUUUCUGUUCUCCUGUGAGUUUUAGUGAUGAUGAGACUUGAUACAGAAACUGAGAGUGGCAUAGAUUUAAAAGUAUAUUUUCCUGUUCAUUUUUGGGGUGCAUUUUUCUCUUCAGGUAAGUGAAAUGCUGGAACCAAGGACAUAUCCCUACCUCCAAAGUGCUUUUGAACAGACGAUCAGGUGAAACAUCAUAUGCUCCUUCUCCUUUUUCAGUUACACCUGGCACUUAAUUUACUCACUCAGUCCAGUAUCUAACUGGCCUGUGCAAUACUAUUUACAGCUCUGAUGGUCUGGUAUUAAAGUGAACUCAUCGGUUCUCUACUUGCAGCU